UUGGGCCCUGCGGCUGGCGGCCGAGCCUUGUGCCUCCGCCAUAUUGUCUGUGUGAGGCCGGCGAGGGAGGCGCGGUGGCUGCGGCUACUGCCGGCACCUCUACCUCAGUUGGGAAAUUCAGAGUUCUGCACGAAGCCGACUCCUUUGGUUUGCACUGAGAUUGGAAACGGCAAAAACGACAAAUCCUUCACCUAGCUCGGCCUGCCAAUUUGUCCGAUAUGUCGGGACCUGUGCCAAGCAGGGCCAGAGUUUACACAGACGUAAAUACGCACAGACCACGAGAAUACUGGGAUUAUGAGUCACAUGUUGUUGAAUGGGGCAAUCAAGACGACUACCAACUAGUCCGGAAAUUGGGCCGGGGCAAAUAUAGUGAAGUCUUUGAAGCCAUCAACAUUACAAAUAAUGAAAAAGUAGUUGUGAAGAUCCUGAAGCCUGUGAAAAAGAAGAAAAUCAAGCGUGAAAUCAAAAUCUUGGAGAACUUGCGAGGUGGCCCCAACAUCAUCACUCUUGCAGAUAUAGUGAAAGACCCUGUGUCUCGGACGCCAGCCUUGGUAUUUGAACAUGUAAACAACACAGACUUUAAGCAAUUAUACCAAACGUUAACAGACUACGAUAUUCGGUUCUACAUGUAUGAAAUCUUGAAGGCGCUAGAUUAUUGUCACAGUAUGGGGAUCAUGCAUCGAGACGUCAAACCCCACAAUGUCAUGAUUGACCACGAACACAGGAAGCUGCGGCUAAUAGAUUGGGGUUUGGCUGAAUUCUAUCAUCCUGGCCAAGAAUACAACGUCCGAGUGGCUUCCAGAUACUUCAAAGGCCCGGAGCUCCUCGUAGAUUAUCAGAUGUACGACUACAGCCUGGACAUGUGGAGCUUGGGCUGCAUGCUAGCUAGCAUGAUCUUCCGAAAGGAGCCCUUUUUCCACGGUCACGAUAACUAUGAUCAGUUGGUGAGAAUAGCCAAGGUGUUGGGGACAGAAGAUUUGUACGACUAUAUUGACAAGUACAACAUAGAGCUUGACCCCCGUUUCAACGACAUCUUGGGCAGGCACUCCCGGAAGCGAUGGGAACGCUUCGUUCAUAGCGAGAAUCAGCACCUGGUCAGCCCUGAGGCCCUGGACUUCCUGGACAAGUUGCUGCGAUACGAUCACCAGUCCCGUCUCACCGCAAGAGAAGCCAUGGAACACCCUUACUUCUAUCCCAUAGUGAAAGACCAGGCUCGGAUGAGUUCGACCAGCAUGCCAGGUAGUAGCACUCCAGUCAGCAGCGCCAGUAUGUUGUCAGGGAUUUCUUCAGUGCCAACGUCUUCGCCCCUUGGACCUCUAGCAGGCUCACCUGUGAUUGCUGCUGCCAACACCUUAGGUAUGCCAGUGCCAGCUGCCGCGGGAGCCCAGCAGUAGAGGACGGCCUCCCAUCUCCUAGAUGCCUGACCGGAGCCAAGCUGGGGCCGAGGCCCCUCUUCCGCCCCCUCCCCAGGACAACAGCAGCCAUGUCGUGGCCGGCAUUGUGGGAAGGGAGGGGAUGGAUGCUUUGGAGGAGCGAUGUCUGAACAAUUGCUUGUGGAUUUAUAGUAGUUCAGUCAUAAAAAAAAAAAAAAUAGGCCAGUCCCCUUCCCCCCCCUUUUUUUUUUACUUGAACUUUUCGUAACUCAGAGACAAAACCCACAGAUGGAGUCUUUCAUGGAUACAUUCCCCACCGUGUCCACCGCCUCCCAUUUUAUCACUUAAGACCUGAAGUGAGGAUCCUCUGACUCCUUUGCCCUUGAUUUCUUGCCGGUGAGCGCUUCUCCUUCCCUCCCUUCUGCUGGCUGAUGCCAUGUUGGGAUGAAAAUCAAGGGGGACUUUUCACAGUCCUUCACAGGCAGCAGAGAGGGACAAGGGCCUUUAAGCAAUGGUUGUGUCGACACCGCCGUGUUGCGUGUCUUACCUGAAUGAUGGUGUGGGAGGAGUUCAUAUUCACCAAGUAACCCAUCUCAGCUGCUGUCGAGGCCUGCAAGACGGUAGCUUUCCUGUAGGAAUUGGAUCUUCUCCUGUGAGCCACCUGGAUCACCAACUCUCUUUCCUCCCUUGCAUGUGCCCUUAGAAAUCUCCAGGUCCUGUCAAUCCGAAGGAAGCCCACUUGCUACCUCGGUGGUUCUAGCACUGUGCAAACCCUAGACGUUGCUUCUCCCCUCCAUCAAGACCCACGGACUGCUCCUUGGUUUGGGAUUCUGGAAAUGGAUUUGUCCCUGGGUGUGUCUUCUGGCUGGUUGCUUCUUCCUCAACUAGGCCAUGGAGACUGGAGUGGGGCACUCACUCACUCACUCACUCACUCUUCCUCCCACGUGCCAUGUGGUGAGACAUGCUGUUGUCUGUUGGUUUGUUAUUUUGGUUUUUUUUUUACCUAGCUCACACUCUUGUAAAUAGAAGAGGGCGGGGGGGAGAGCAAGCAACCUGUGACUUUAAAAAGCGAAACAGCGAAAUGGUAGACCUGUAAGAAAUCUUAACUGUGGCGGGCAUCUGCCUAUGUGUGCGUGUGUGCGUGUGUGUGUCCUUCCUUUGCUGAAAUAUCUAGUGUUGGAAUUCCUUGCUGUAAAUAAACCAUUGAUUUUAUUUUAAUUUUUUAAUUUAUCAAAGGGUUUAGGUUUAAGUUGCCUGUGCAGAGGUUCUCGCUAGGCCAGUGUCACACUUUUUUAAAUAUAUAUAUAUAUAUAUAUACAGUUGCGGCCUCUAAACCACGAAGCCGGGCUUGGGGGCUCAGGCUGCGUUUCCCUUCACAUGUCUGUACCUUGCACGGAUUCGGUUGUGGUUCGCAGUCAGUGCUAAGAAGCCUUACAGGAAGCAUCUCACAAGCCAAAGCUUCGCCUGGAACAAAAACGGAUCCUCGGCGUACUUCUUCCUUCCACAUUGUGGCAGCGCUGGGGUUUUAAGACGGAGGAGGUGGGUGGCUACCUCUGUGUGCUGCGGCGGCGGCGGCUGUUCGCCGAAUUCAAACCACUGAUGGGAAGAGAGACUGAAAAAGCCCAUCAGCCCCUUCAAGAUUACCUCCUCAUUCAACAGCCACUACAAGGGGGCGUAUUGCCUUCGGGAAGCCUCACCAGCUUGUCUUGGGAGCAUCAAUCACUUGAGUUUAAUAAUAUAUGCAACUUUUUGGAUUGGGGUUAGGUAACCAUGUAUUUCCUUCCUGUUUUGUUCAAAUUUCCUUUCGGUUUUUUUUGCUUGGCGUGGUCACGGAGGGGCUGGCUAUGGUUUGAGUAGGAACCAGUCUCAGAAAGAGCUGUUUUCUCUCCAUUCCUUGGAAAGUCUCAUUGCAAAGAGGGAAACAACUCAUGGGUUCGUGCAGUCGUAGCUUUAUUCCUGGUCCGCUGCUGGAAACUCUUGUUGGCAGGUGAGUCGGGGCACGUCCACGAAAGCGGCCCCCGUCUCGGCUGGCCUCCUCAAAUGACUCUCAGCAGUGCAGCAUGCGGCGAAGUUGUGUCUAUGUUUGCACUAGCAUGGAACCUUUGCGGGACUUUGAAGCGGGCGAUGAAUUUCCCCCUCGUGUCUCGUUAUUUUCUGUUUCCAUGCGGACGCGUGGGGCAAAAGAUCGCCGGUUAGAAGCUGGCGAGGGAUCCGGAAGGUGGAAUCCCAGUAACCAUCAAACCUUAAAACAACAAGAUGAGGGUGGAAGGUUUUCUGGUUCGGGGGAGCAAUAGAUGCAACUGCUCUGGACUUAUGCCAGUUUCACUGCCCAAGCAGGCAACACCUUUGAGGGGUGGGGUGAGGUUGGGGGCACAAGGAAAUGGCAGAUUGUAACAACAUCUGUGUUGUAAAUUACCUCAUCUGUAUACCUUGUAUCAGAACACUUCUCUU